UUUCCGUUAGUCUGUCGGUGCUGUUGAUUCCGUGGCUGUGGAAUGUGAGCCCCGGGGAAAUAAAUGGAAGAGCAAAGACCGCGUGGCUCCGCUGGGGCAUCCGGGAAUGCCUCUUGGAAGAGGAGACCAAAAAGAAGGCACGGCGUCGGAUAGUUGGACAAGGGCCUAGAGGGCCUUUCUGUCAAAAGGAUCGGGCCUGGGAUAUCAGACUGAAAAUAACAGCUCAGAAUAUUCCUGAGGAAGAAUUAUCCUGUGACAUAGAAAUGGAAGGAUUCAUAAGGGAGGGUGCCUGUUUCUCCAUUCUAGGUGACAGUUGGGACUAUGAGAACCGGGAGGGACAUUUGAGGCAAUCAGCUUUAACUCAGGAGAAACCACAGGCUCAGGAAGCAAUUCGUGAGUAUCCUGAUAUCAAGGGGCAUUUGAAUACAAGCUCAGACCUUCCACCAUCUCAGAGAGUUCCUACAACAAAUGGUUUCCAUAUGCAUGAUUCAGAUGUUGAAAGUUUGGUUUGUGAUCCAGCCUUACACAGUUGUCCCAAAAGCUGUGCAGCUAAGAGAACUGGUGACAGUGAUGCCUGUGGAAAAACCUUCAACCAUUCCAUGGAAGUUAUUCAACUUGGAAGAAAUCAAAUGAGAGAGAAACCCUGUAAAUACCCAGAAAGUGUUAAAUCUUUCAGCCAUUUUAUUCCCCUUGGUGAUCAAAAAAUAAUGAAAAGAGGCAAGAAACUGUAUGAAGGUAAGGACUUUCGGGACAUCUUUACCCUGAGCUCUUCUCUUAAUGAAAACGGGAGGAGUUACCUUGGAGAGAAACAAUAUAAAUGUACUGAAUGUGACAAAUGCUUCAAACGGAACUCUUCUCUUAUUUUACAUCACCGAACUCACACUGGAGAGAAACCUUAUACCUGUAAUGAGUGUGGAAAAUCCUUCUCUAAAAACUACAACCUGAUUGUGCAUCAAAGGAUCCAUACAGGAGAGAAGCCCUAUAAGUGCAGUAAAUGUGGGAAAGCUUUCAGUGAUGGGUCAGCUCUUACACAACACCAGAGAAUUCACACAGGUGAAAAACCUUAUGAAUGUCUAGAAUGUGGAAAAACCUUCAACCGAAAUUCAUCCCUGAUUUUGCAUCAAAGAACUCAUACAGGGGAAAAACCGUAUAGAUGUAAUGAGUGUGGGAAACCCUUCACUGACAUCUCUCACCUCACUGUGCAUCUCAGAAUCCAUACUGGUGAGAAGCCCUAUGAGUGUAGCAAAUGUGGAAAGGCUUUCCGAGACGGCUCGUACCUCACCCAGCAUGAGAGGACUCACACUGGAGAGAAGCCCUUUGAAUGUGCAGUGUGUGGGAAAUCCUUCAACCGCAAUUCUCACCUUAUUGUGCAUCAAAAAAUCCAUUCUGGGGAGAAACCCUAUGAAUGUAAAGAGUGUGGGAAAACUUUCAUUGAGAGUGCGUACCUCAUCAGGCAUCAGAGGAUUCAUACUGGUGAGAAGCCCUAUGGCUGUGACCAAUGUCAGAAACUUUUCAGGAAUAUUGCUGGCCUCAUCCGCCACCAGAGGACUCAUACUGGUGAGAAGCCCUAUGAGUGUAAUCAGUGUGGCAAAGCUUUCAGGGACAGCUCUUGUCUGACCAAGCACCAGAGAAUUCACACUAAGGAGACCCCGUACCAGUGUCCAGAAUGUGGGAAGUCUUUUAAGCAGAACUCUCACCUAGCAGUACAUCAGAGACUCCAUAGCAGAGAGGGUCCCACACAGUGUCCUCAUUGUGGAAAAACAUUCAGAAGGAGCUCAUCCCUUGUCCGACAUCAAAGAACACACUCUGGAGAGCAAACCAUGGAAAUAUAA